UUUCCUAGCCAAGUUCCCAACAUGGCCGCUAACCCAGUGUGUUUCUUCGACAUGUCGAUCGGUGGUAAACCCGCAGGUCGUAUUGAGAUGACUCUGAAAGCAGAUGUUGUCCCAAAAACAGCUGAGAACUUCAGAGCUCUUUGCACAGGAGAGAAAGGAUUUGGGUACAAGGGAUCUGCUUUCCACAGAGUCAUUGACAGUUUCAUGUGCCAAGGAGGUGAUUUCACUAGAGGAGACGGAACCGGAGGUAGAUCUAUCUACGGAAACAAGUUUGCUGAUGAGAAAUUCACCCUGAAGCACACCGGACCUGGUGUCCUGUCCAUGGCUAACUGUGGACCUAACACCAACGGCUCUCAAUUCUUCCUGUGCACUGUCAAGACUGAGUGGCUUGAUGGUAAGCAUGUAGUGUUCGGAAAUGUAACCAAGGGAAUGGAAGUCGUCCGGGCCAUCGAGGCAGUCGGUUCCAAGACAGGAAAAACAUCGAAGCCUGUCAAAAUCGAAGACUGCGGGCAAUUGUAGAUUAUUAUUGGACAGACCCUUAAUAUGGAUUAUCUAUCUACAGAGCUAUGCUUGGUGGUGGACAUCCUCCCAGAGCUGUGCUUGGUGGUGGACAUCCUCCCAGAGCUAAGCUUGGUGGUGGACAUCCUCCCAGAGCUGUGCUUGGUGGUGGAAAUUCUCCCGCUUUUGUAGUGUUUGUUUAUAAAUAGUGCCCUUUUAUCUAUUUUGCUAAUCAUUUAUUUCAAAAUAUAAUGCUUUAUCUUUUUAUGAUUUUCCUUCGUGAUCGUGUUCUUUUAUGUGUGACUGCGCAGACAGCUGAUGGGUGUCGUUGCACUUUGUGACGUCACAAGAUUUGUUUUUCACACUUCUCUUCUGGCUGUUUUUGCGCUCUUACUUUUCAAAUUUUCUUAUAUAUUCUCAAUGAGUGUUCCGAAAAAUGUCAAAAAGUUGAAAUCG